AUGGCUGACGGUUAUAUCGUCUAUCAAAUAUUUUGGCUUGUCACUUUAUGCUUGCUUGAGGGAACACCACCGCGAUGUGAUAUAUCAUUGCUGUUGGAAUAUUUGAAUCACGAAGAUUAUGAAUAUUAUUUGGGUAUAGGUUAUGAAAAUUCGUGUAUUUCAACAAUGGUGAAAAUUGGAUCUAAUUUUCGAGCUGAGAAUAUGAUUUCUGUCGUGCAAAGUCUUUAUGAUUUACAUUAUCAUAGGCAAAGCAAAGUGAUAGUGCAUGAAUCAACAGUGAUAAAAGCGCUACAAACCCAGGGCAUCCAAUGUUCGUUUAAGAAUAUGCAUCCAGUUUUGAUUGGUUUGAAUCUCAAUGUUACCAUUAUCGUUAAUUUCGACGAUACGACAAAUCAAUUAACAAUCAUCCUAGCCGAAUCAGUACGGAAUCAACCAACUCAUUUCCGAUAUUUCUAUCGUGAUCAUAUUACCAAUCUUAUACCACAAAAUACUCAUAUCUUUUUGACAGCUAUAGAUAUGGGUCGAGGUUUAUUACACUUCAUUAAUCAAAAUAACAAUGAAUCAUCGUUUACGGAACAUGACGUGUUGCAAAUAAAGAAUAUUGAUAAUGGUAUACGUAUUACGAAAAUUCGUUCCGAACAGAUUCACGUGAAAUUUUUGCAAUUAACUAUGGAUCCAAGUGGUGCUUAUGCAUUCUAUGCAAUUCCUGAGAAAAAUAAACAACAGAUCGUUUAUCAAAUGAAAGUGCGCUAUCCAAAUUUUACUCUCGAUGCUCAAAAGACAUCUCAGAGAAUAGCAAAAAUACUAACCGUAAAUGAAAAUGAUCGAAUAUUCCCAAUUGAUCGAAAUGCUCUUUUCGUAUGGAAAUUUGCAGGCGAAAGAAGAAGCGCAUGGCUUUAUGAAGGAAGUUCUACCGGAAAUUUGCAAGAAAAAAGCUCAUUUCAUCAAAUUGGUUGUAUUUUAUCCGGAAUAAAUGAUCCGGAUGGGCAAUUAUCCGUGAAAAUUCAUCGAGUUCGACGUCAAUUUUAA